AGAUUAAAGUGUUUUUUAUUUACAUUUUUCUAUCGAAAUGUUGCAAUUUAUCCAAUAAACGUAUGACCGUAUCAUAUUUUAGUGAGUAUCAAACACUGGUUUAAAACACCUUAAUGUUGAUGGCAUCAUGGCACAACCUCAAGAAAAAAAUCAGUUACUGCUUUUAAAAGUAGUUGGACUACUAGAUGACUUCACUACUCUUUGUAAGAAAAUUGCAUUGCUGGUUGAUGUUAAAGCAUUAUUAUUAAAUCUUAUUGAUAAGAUUGAAGGAAUUAUGUCAUAUUUGAAGUCGAUAAUCAGAAAUGAAAAAUAUGCUGAGUUGAUGAAAAGUCUGUGUAAUCUUGCUGCUGAAUGCAAAAUAUUAGUUGUGGAUGCAGAGUGUCACAUAAAUAACAUUAAGAAACAAGGCCAAGAUGACAGUGAGACCAUUAAACCUUUAAAGCAAGCAUUCAUCAACAGUCGUAAUGUUUCUUGGGAAUUAAAUAAGAUUAAAAGUUCUGUAAUGGAGUCAUUGAAAGAAUCAGAAACAUUGUGUCAAAGAUACCAUGAGGUCAUUAAAAACUUAAAUGAAUAUUAUGGUCAAGCAAAAGUUGAAUGUUUAAGGAAUGAAAGCAUAGCUGGUGUAGCAGGAAAGGGUAUGAUUGCUGGUGCCUUUGGAGGGUUGAGCAUUUAUGGAGGGUGGAACUAUGGAAUCAUGGCUAUUUUAGAGGAAGAUAUCAAGAGACGAUCAAAAAAUUGGUCAUGGGAAUACAUCGUUCAACACAGAAUGAAUUGUCAUAAAUACAUGAACCUGUAUAAACAGAAACUGUCUCAUAAGAAGAUUUGUGAAAACACUCAGAAGGAGAUCGAUCACUACGAAAAAAUACUAGAUGUGUUGAACAUAACCAUUUGGCGUAGGCAAGCUAAGAUAGAGACAAAAAAAGAAGGUAAAAAUUAUGAGCUCAAUAAACAAAGAAAAAAAAGCGAAGGUGGUUGGUUUUCAGGCUUGUUUCGAAAAAAGUCGGACUCAAAAUCAGUGACAUUGGUAGAUAUUUGUUUGGAGAAACCAGCUGCAUACUUGCACCAUAUAAAUGGGCACUAUAUGAAGGACUGCAGUGAGCAGUUUCAGAAGUCCCAAAGUUAUUUCCAUCAUUUGGCUUUGGAAGAAUGAAGCUCAAACCAGUCUUCAUUCCUGUUUCAGCUUCCAGAAUCUUUAUUUUCUUGUAAAAAGAAUGUAGAUCUUCAUUUGAUGGUUUUUGUUUCACUGGAAUUUUUUGAUUAAGAUGUCCUCAGUGGAUUUGAAUUUUUCCUUGUUAUAACUAUGCUUUAUAAACUUCAUACCCUGCAUUGGGGAAGCUUUAGCAGUUCUUUUAGGAAUAUUCCCAGUGCAAGGCUUUGAAGUACAAGGAGUAACAGAAUUUUGCAAGCCGAAAUUGUUUACUUUAUUUGAGGAACAAUCUAGAGAUUCCAGCAAGAACAAUGUAGCAGCUACAUGAUUGCAGCAUCCAUCAAUUCCAGCAGGGCAAUCACAGAAAGUUUUUAGCACAAGAGAUCUUUCAUUCA